AUGCCCUAUGUCGGCGACGAUGUUCAUCGUGCGACGAAGCGCAAGUGGGAUCACGACGGAACCGAAACCUUUCGAUUAUCGCAUUCUGCCAUCCACGUAUUGAACCAGCACGCGGUUCCAGAAGGUGCCGAUGCCAUCUCAACACGCAAGACGCUGCCCCCAACCAAACGAUUUAGACCGAUCCACGACGAUGACAGUGCGCACACUUUCUCUUCGCAUCGACGAACCGCUUCACGUGAGCUGGCGCAGGGCGUUCACGGCAAAGCACCUGUCAGGAUUAACGGCUUGGUUCUGAUGCCGUGCCAUGUUUGCCACCGCAGGCCCACCAAGAAAUCCGACCUCGAUUCUUUUGCCAAGUGCCAAUCGUGUCAAGAACAGACGUGCUUUGUCUGCAUGCGCGAGUGCUACGGCCGGAAGUUUAAUAAAGAGCUAGUUUUGGAAGAUGAGGAUGUUCUUUCGCGAUCCCUUCACAUGGACGAUAUCGACGACGAGAUGACACCUCCAAUACCAGAAACCAACGCGCGGAAGGAUUAUAUGGAUGGCGACUUCAACGGACGACAGGGCGUACCGGACAGCAGCACUCAUCAUGCCAUGAUUUGCAGUCGCUGCUGCGUUGAGAAGGGUGCCCAUGGCGAAGUUGUCUGCCUAGGAUGUCUAUCCGACACAUACACCGCGUAA